CCUGGCGUUGCACCCGGAGCGCUCCCUGGUGGCGACGGGUCAGGUGGGGAAGGAUCCCUACGUGUGUGUGUGGGACUCCUUCACCGUCCAGACUGUGUCCCUGCUCCGUGACGGACACACGCACGGCAUCGCCUGCCUCGCGUUCAGUUCUGAUGGACAGCGGUUAUCCUCGGUCGGCCUGGAUGCCAAGAACACAGUGUGUAUCUGGGAGUGGAAGCGAGGAAAGAUCCUGGCUACAGCCACCGGACACUCGGACAGGAUCUUCGACGUCUGCUGGGAUCCGUUUCAACAACACCGUCUGGUGAGCUGCGGAGUCAAACACAUCAAGUUCUGGUCUCUGUGCGGAAACUCGCUCACUGCAAAGAGAGGGAUUUUCGGGAAGACGGGCGACCUGCAGACCAUCCUGUGCGUGGCGUCUGCUAAAGAUGACAUCACGUACUCUGGCGCGCUCAAUGGGGACAUUUACGUCUGGAAGGGACUCAGCCUGAUACGAACCAUUCAGGCCGCUCACGGGGCUGGAAUCUUCAGCAUGUAUUCCUGUGAGGAAGGUUUCGCCACAGGAGGCAGAGACGGCUGCAUGCGACUGUGGGAUGUCGACUUCAAACCAAUCACCAAGAUCGACCUGCGGGAGGCGGAGCAAGGAUACAAAGAUCUGUCUAUUCGUAGCGUCUGCUGGCGAGCCGACCGGAUCCUGGCAGGAACGCAGGACAGCGAGAUCUUUGAGGUGAUGGUGAGGGACCGGGACAAGCCGCUUCUGAUCAUGCAAGGACACAGCGAGGGCGAGCUCUGGGCGCUGGACGUUCACCCCAAAAAACCUCUGGCUGUCACCGGCAGUGACGACCGCUCCGUCAGGUUGUGGAGUUUGGUGGAUCACGCCCUUAUUGCUCGGUGUAACAUGGAGGAGGCGGUGCGGAGCGUGGCGUUCAGCGUGGACGGAUCCCAGCUGGCUCUGGGUAUGAAGGACGGAUCCUUCACUGUGCUGAGAGUCAG